UUAUCCCACACUUGGGUAAAACAAGACCUAGCCUAGUCUAUUUCGGUAGGCCUAUAUUUUACUAGUCGCAGGAACGGAGCUACGAAAAACCGAACUGGCAUGGAGUUCCAUCAAGAGGAGGAUGAUGAUGAUGAUGAUGAUGCUGUUGGUGGAAAUAAGACAGACCUGUCACAGUUUGUGGCCAUUAAGAAUGAGGAUGGACGUCAGGGGUUCAGCAAAAGACAAAGGCUAUUCAACAGCACAGGACCGCAGAAAAACAAACCAGUGUCUCCAGUGCCCAACUGUGUGUCCAUGAAGAGUGAUCGGUCUAUAGAUCAGCCUCCCAAAUUCAGCAGUGGAUCACCGCAGUCCCAUCCAAAACCACAUAAACACAGACCAGUGUCUCCAGUGCCCAGCUGUGUGUCCAUGAAGAGUGACCAGUCCAUGGAUCAGCCUCCCAAAUUCAGCAGUGGACCACCACAGUCUAAUCCAAAACCGCAGACACACAGACCAGUGUCUCCAGUGCCCAGCUGUGUGUCCAUGAAGAGUGAUCGGUCUAUAGAUCAGCCUCCCAAAUUCAGCAGUGGAUCACCGCAGUCCCAUCCUAAACCACAUAAACACAGACCAGUGUCUCCAGUGCCCAGCUGUGUGUCCAUGAAGAGUGACCAGUCCAUGGAUCAGCCUCCCAAACUCAACAGUGGACCACCACAGUCUAAUCUAAAACCACAGACACACAGACCAGUGUAUCCAGAGCAUCCAGAGCCCAGCUGUGUGUCCAUGAAGAGUGACUGUUCUAAGGUGGAACCUCUCAAGUUCAGCAGUGGACCACCACAGUCUAAUCCAAAACCGCAGACACACAGACCAGUGUCUCCAGUGCCCAGCUGUGUGUCCAUGAAGAGUGACCGGUCCAUGGAUCAGCCUCCCAAAUUCAGCAGUGGACCACCACAGUCCCAUCCUAAACCACAUAAACACAGACCAGUGUCUCCAGUGCCCAGCUGUGUGUCCAUGAAGAGUGACCAGUCCAUGGAUCAGCCUCCCAAACUCAACAGUGGACCACUGCCAUCCCAUCCUAAACCACGUAAACACAGACCAGUGUCUCCAGUGCCCAGCUGUGUGUCCAUGAAGAGUGACCAGUCCAUGGAUCAGCCUCCCAAACUCAACAGUGGACCACCACCGUCUAAUCCAAAACCGCAGACACACAGACCAGUGUCUCCAGUGCCCAGCUGUGUGUCCAUGAAGAGUGACCAGUCCAUGGAUCAGCCUCCCAAACUCAGCAGUGGACCACCACAGUCUAACCUAAAACCACAGACACACAGACCAGUGUAUCCAGAGCCCAGCUGUGUGUCCAUGAAGAGUGACUGUUCUAAGGUGGAACCUCUCAAGUUCAGCAGUGGACCACCACAGUCUAAUCCAAAACCGCAGACACACAGACCAGUGUCUCCAGUGCCCAGCUGUGUGUCCAUGAAGAGUGACCGGUCCAUGGAUCAGCCUCCCAAAUUCAGCAGUGGACCACCACAGUCCCAUCCUAAACCACAUAAACACAGACCAGUGUCUCCAGUGCCCAACUGUGUGUCCAUGAAGAGUGACCAGUCCAUGGAUCAGCCUCCCAAACUCAACAGUGGACCACCGCCGUCUAAUCCAAAACCACAGACACACAGACCAGUGUCUCCGGUGCCCAGCUGUGUGUCCAUGAAGAGUGACUGGUCCAUGGAUCAGCCUCCCAAAUUCUGCAGUAGACCACCAGUGUCUAAUCUAAAACCUCAGAAACACAGACCAGUGUCUCCAGUGCCCAGCUGUGUAUCCAUGAAGAGUGACCAGUCUAUGGAUCAGGCUCCCAAAUUCAGCAGUGGAUCACCGCAGUCCUAUCCAAAGAAUACAAUGACUCAGGAUCAGUCCAGGUGUGGAGUGUGUAAGCAGCUACUGAGGGACCCAGUCAUCACCAGCUGUGGACACAGUUUCUGCAGGCAGUGCAUCAGCAGCUACUGGAGCCAGUCUGGUCCAUCAGGAGACCACAGCUGCCCACAAUGCAGAAAGAGAUCGAAAACACAACCCCUUCAAAUCCCUCACAUAGCUAUGGAACAAUCACUGUUAUACCCACCUUCAACCACAGCACAACCUACAGAUUUGACACAACCUUUCUCUCACAGAGAAAUGUCACAACAUCAACAAUACUCAUCUACUACCAUAGCACAAGUUCCUCCAUACCCACAGACAGAUAUGGGGCAGCACCCUCUAUAUCCACACACAUACAUGCCACAGAUUUCUCCAGAGCCCACUUUGGAGGACCAUGCAGUAGGCAGCAAACAACCCCUAACAGAGCAUGUCCCCAUCAAAAGGGCCAGACUGACAGACACCCAUGUCCUUAACAGAGUACUGAUGACCCAUAAAGCCAGUAUGAAGAGGAGGUUUGAGGGCAUAUGUGAAGAUCUCAUGAGGGCAGGGACUCAAACACUCCUGAACAAGAUCUACACAGAGCUCUAUAUCACAGAGGGAGAGAGUGAAGGGGUGAAUAAGGAACAUGAAGUUUGGCAGGUAGAGUCAGCAUCCAGACCAAAAACAACCGAAGGCGUAGCAAUCAACUGCAAUGACAUCUUCCACCCUUUAUCUGGACAAGAGAGACACAUCAGAACUGUCAUGACCAAGGGGAUUGCUGGCAUUGGAAAAACCAUCUCAGUGCAGAAGUUCAUCCUUGACUGGGCAGAGGAGAGAGCUAACCAGGAUGUAGAUUUCAUGUUUGUGCUUCCGUUCCGUGAGCUGAAUUUGGUCAAACAUGAUCAAUACAGUCUUCACAGGCUCCUGCUUGACUUCCACCCUGAGCUUAGGGAGGUACAGGAUGGUGAAUACAAAGACUGCCACACUGUGUUCAUUUUUGAUGGUCUGGAUGAGAGUCGACUUCCUCUGAAUUUCCAAGGUAAUCAGAAGUUGUCUGAUGUGAUACAAACAUCAUCAGUGGAUGUGCUGAUGACAAGCCUCAUUCAGGGAACUCUGCUUCCCUCUGCUCUAAUUUGGGUAACCUCCCGACCAGCAGCAGCUAGUCAGAUCCCUUCUCAGUGCAUCAGUCAGGUGACAGAAGUAAGAGGGUUCAAUGACCCACAGAAGGAAGAAUACUUCAGGAAGAGGAUCAGUGACCAGAAUCAAGCCAACAGAAUCAUCUCGCACAUUAAGUCAACCAGGAGCCUUCACAUCAUGUGCCACAUGCCAGUCUUCUGUUGGAUCUCGGCUGUUGUCCUUCAGGAGAUGCUAGAAAAGGAUGAUGGGAAGGAAGCCCCCAAAACUCUGACUGAGAUGUUCAUACACUUCCUGCUCAUCCAGACCACCAGGAAGGACCAGAAAUAUCAAAAGAAAAUUGAGACAGAUCGUCAGAGUCUCCUGGAAGCACAUAAGGGUGUCCUAUUGAAACUGGCAGAGCUGGCAUUCAAGCAUCUGGAGAAUGGCAAUCUCAUGUUCUAUGAGGAAGACCUGAGAGAGUGUGGCAUUGAUGUCAGUGAAGCCUCAGUGUACUCUGGCAUGUGCACUGAGAUCUUCAGGGAGGAAUGUGUGUUUCACCACAAGAAGGUCUACUGCUUUGUCCAUCUGAGCAUCCAGGAGUUUCUGGCGGCUGUGUAUAUAUUUCAUUCCUACAUCACAGGAAAUCUGGAGGUACUGAAAUCCUUCCUCAGUAAGAAACACAGAGACCAAAAAGCUUCCCUUCCCUUACAUAUUAUGUUGAAUAGAGCCGUGGACAAAGCUUUGGACAGCAGGAAUGGACACCUGGACCUUUUCCUUCGCUUCCUUGUAGGCAUGUCAGUGGAAAACAACCAAGCCCUUUUAGAGGGCUUGCUGACAAACACUCACAGCAGCACAGAGAGCAUCAAAAAAACUUGUAAAUAUAUCAAACUUCUCUCCAGGGAGGACCUGUCACCUGAAAGAUGCAUCAAUCUUUUCCACUGCUUAUUUGAAAUGAAUGAUCAUUCUGUACAUGGGAAAAUUCAGAAAUAUCUGAAAUCUCAGAAGAGCUUCACAGGUGGAUUGUCACCUCUUCACUGUUCAGCUCUGGCCUACAUGCUUCUGAUGUCCGAGGAGGUGCUGGAUGAGUUGGACUUGAUGAAAUAUAAAACAUCUGAGGAGGGCUGGAGGAGACUGGUGCCAGUUGUGAGACACUGCCGCAAGGCUGUAUUUGCUCACUGUGAUCUCACAGAAAAGUCCUAUGAGGUUGUGGCUUCAGCUUUGCAGUCUUCAAACUCCCCCUUAAGAGAGCUGGACCUGAGUUACAAUGACCUGCAGAAGUCAGGGGAAAAGCUUCUCUCUGCUCUACAGAGUCCAAACUGCAGACUGGAGAAGCUCAGUCUUGUUAGAUGUGAACUGACUGGAAGCUUGUUGGCCCUGACUCUACAGGGGGCAAACCCCCACCUAAGAGAGCUGGACAUCAGUGACUGUGAGCUUCAGGACUGUGGAGGAGAUCUGCUCCAUCAACCACUGAAUCAAGACUGUAAAGUGAGACUCAUCAGCUGUAGACUAAAGCAGAGCUCCUGUGAGGUUGUGGUCUCAGUAUUGCAGUCAUAUCUUUCUCAACUGAGUGAGUUGGACAUGAGUGGUUGUGAUCUGCAAACAUCAGAAGAGAAGCUACUCUUUGGUCUUAGAUACCCAAACUGCCAACUGGAGAAACUGAGGCUUGUUGACUGUGGGCUGACACAGAAGUCCGGUGAUAUUUUGGCCUUUGCCCUGCAGUCAGCAAAGUCCCACCUGAGAGAGCUGGACCUGAGUAGGAAUACUCUGGGAGAUUGUGCAGGAAAGCUGUGUUCUGAAGCACUGAAUCCACACUGUCAACUAGAGACACUCAGACUUCCUGGUUGUAAACUGACAGAGGGACCCUGUGAGGUUGUAGCCUCUGCUGUGCAGCACAUGGUGUCGCUGUUAGAACUCGACCUGAGUGACAAUCACAUGAAUGACACUGGAAUUCAUCUUCUAAAUACUGGAAUAAGACAAUCCAAAUGUGACAUGCGUAUAUUAAGGCUUGUUGACUGUGGACUCACUGAAAAGUCAGGUGGUAUUUUGGCCUUUGCUCUGCAGUCAGUAAACUCUGAGCUGAGAGAGCUGGACCUGAGUAAGAAUAUUCUGGGGGACUGUGGAGGAAAGCUGGGCUCUGAAGCACUGAAUCGACAGUGUAUGCUAGAGACACUCAGACUUGCUGGUUGUAAACUGACAGAGGACUCCUGUGAAGUCGUAGCCUCUGCUGUGCAGCACCUAGACUCCUUGACAGAACUGGACCUGAGUGACAAUCACUUGAAUUUCACUGGAAUUCAGCUUCUCAGUUCUGGGAUAAGUCGCCCCUGUGAACUUAGGAUAUGCAGACUUGCUGGUUGUAAUCUACCAGAAGAAUCCUUUGGGGUUGUAGCCUCUGCUUUGCAGUCCCCCAUCUCCCUAAAGGAACUGGACAUGAGUGACAAUGACCUGCAGGAUGAAGGAGUGGAGCUGCUCUCUGUGGGACUAAAAGAUCAACAAUGCAAACUGGAGACACUGAGGCUAAAUCACUGCAACCUCUCCAAGACAAGCUGUAAAAUCAUGGCAUCAGUGCUACAAAGAACACCUUCCCAUCUGAGAGAACUGGACAUGAGUGACAAUGACCUGCAGGAUGAAGGAGUGGAGCUGCUCUGUCUGGGACUAAGAGAUCCACAAUGCAAGCUGGAGACACUGAGACUUGUUGGUUGUAAGCUAACAGAGGAGUCUGGAGCUCAGCUUCUUGCUGCCGGACUAAGUAGCCCUAACUGUAAACUGCAGACUUUAAGACUUGCUGGUUCUAAACUCACAAAGAAAUCCUGUAAAGUUGCAGCCCCUGCUUUGCAGUCCGCAAUCUCUCUAAAGGAACUGGACCUGAGUCACAAUGACCUGAACGAGUCUGGAUUUCAUUGUCUCACUGCGGGACUUAGUAGCCCCAACUGUAUACUGACGAGUUUAAGGCUCGAUCUGUGCCACCUCUCUAAAGCAAGCUGUGGAAUGAUGGCAUCUGUACUGCAAAGUGCAGCUUCCCAUCUGAGAGAACUGGACAUGAGUGACAAUGACCUGCAGGAUGAAGGAGUGGAGCUGCUUUGUGUGGGACUAAGAGAACCACAAUGCAAGCUGGAGACACUGAGACUCUCUGGUUGUCUCAUCACACAUGAGGGCUCUUUUCUCUUGUCCUCUGCCCUCAAAUCAAACCCUUCCUACCUGAAACAGCUGGAUCUGAGCUACAAUUACCCAGGAGACUCGGGUGUCAGAGAGCUCACACACAGACUGGAUGAUCCCAACUGUAAGCUUGAGACUUUCAGGUAUGACCAUGGAGGAGAGUGCAGGAUUAAACCAGGACUGAAAAAAUAUGCCUGUGAGCUCACACUGGACCCAAACACAGCACACAGAAUUAUCUCUCUCUCUGAGGGGAACAGAAAGGUGAUAUAUGUGAGGGAGGAGCAGCCGUAUCCUGACCACCCAGAGAGAUUUGACUACUGUUAUCAGGUGCUGUGUAGAGAGGGUCAGUCUGGACGCUGCUACUGGGAGGCUGAGUGGAGUGGCGAUGGGGCAGAAGUAGCAGUGGCCUAUAAAAGCAUCCAGAGAAAAGGGAGGGGUGAUGACUGUGGGUUUGGACAUAAUGACACGUCCUGGAGACUGAGGUACUCUGGUAACAGUUACUCUGCCUGGCACAAUAAUAAGAAGACUGCCAUACCUGACCCCUCCUCCCGCUCCAGCAGAGUAGGAGUGUACCUGGACUGGCCAGCAGGCACUCUGUCCUUCUACAGCGUCUCCUCUAACACACUCACCCACCUGCACACGUUCCACUCCACAUUCACUGAGCCCCUCUAUCCUGGGUUUAGGUUUGGAUAUUAUGACUCCUCAGUGUCCCUGUGCCAGAUCACAUGACUUCCUAAUCCUGCAGGAGAGGAGAGCCACACACUCCUGUUUACACGUUCCUGUGUGUGUGUGUGUGUGUGUGUGUGGGGGGGGGGGGGUCUCUCUCUAUCUGUGUUUCUUGUCUUGUUACCACUGCGUAGCAUCAGCCUUUGCAUCAAGAGUUCUGUCUGACCACAAGCCACCUGAGGCUACAGUCUCCGGGCCCCUGGGUAAGACACCUGGACCUCACGCCACUGCACAGCUUCUGCAGAUGCAGGAGUAGGACAUUCCCCCAAGUCUGCAACCCUGACUGAAGUCCUGAGGAGACUCCACUCUGCACAGCAGGGCCUCCACUAAGUAACUACAGAUGAUAAUGAUGAUGGUGAUAAUGAUAAUGGUAGAGAUGAGCCUCCAGCAACCCCCAGCACAUGCUAGUACUCUCAUCCAGUGUGUUGGUAAGUUGUUGAGGAACUCGCUCAAGCCCAGAGAGCAGAGAAGGGCUGACCCUCUAAUGCGAACACAUCUCCAGCACCUGAGCAUCAUGCUUAGAAUCACACACACACACACACACACACACACACCAAAAAUGUCUUCAAAAAAGCAAUAAAAUGUGGAGACCAUUUUGA